CUAACCUUCUCCCCCUCUCUCCCUGCUACCCACUCUCUCUUUCCCCUCUCUCUCUCCCUGCUACCCGCUCUCUCUUUGUCUUUGUGUAGGCGGUUGGAGACCGAUCGUAAGAGUCACACGUCGAUCGCUCGGACGAGCAGUUUUCGUUCCAUGUCAGAUACCGAUUCCGUCAACUCCCUGAGAAUCGGGUUCACUGCAGAGGAGCCCCUAGCAGACGUGACGUCCCACAGACCACUAGACCAGAGUAGUGUGGAGGGAGGAGGUGGUGGUGGGGGAGGGAUGAGGGAGAGUGACUCGCUCGUUCGACUCCGCACAGAGAGCGAGAUGUCGGGGGAGGUAUCCUCAACGGGGAGCAAGAGUCCCAACCAGGGGGUGGGGGAGGAGGGAGGAGGAGGGGGUCAACCCGACGUGGAGGACACACAGGGAGUGAGUGAAGAUGCGGAAGACACCCUGAGGGUGUGGAGUCAUCUUCUCAAGAACUGGGAGGAGAACGUGAGGAAGAGCGUGAAACAGGUGCGGCAGCGAGCGAGGGAGGGUAUUCCGGGGGUGCUACGAGGGAUGGCCUGGCAGCUCAUGUGCGGGGCUCAGGACCACAACCUCAGAGAUCGCUACCCUGCUCUCCUUACCGAAGAGUAUCCAUUUGAGAGGCAGAUAAAGAGGGACUUGGCGAGGACAUUUCCCGAGCACUCGUUCCUCAAGGAGAGAGACGGCCUUGGACAGGAAUCUCUGCUGAACAUUCUAAAG